AUGCAAGCAUUCCCACCCAUUUCUGAGAACAGUGUAGGCUGUCUGAUAACUCACAGGCUUCGAGCUGCCCUUAUAAAGUUGUUCCACUUGUGCAUACUUCCUCAUUCUGCUAGUUUGUCAGUGAAGAUGAAGCUCCUCAUUUACAUAGUCUUGCUGAAGUCAACUUUCCUUGCUUUGACAAAUGUUUUUGCAGUUAUUUUAGAAGAAGAAGAGAAUGCUAAAGAAGCAAAACUUACUGAAACUUGUCCCAUAAAGCUCAAAGCUAAUCGGAAAUGUGAUGAAGGAGAGGAUUGUCCUUAUCAGAUAAAUUUGCCUCCGAUGACCAUCCAGAUACCCACAGAAUUCAAACUGCUUGAGAAGACUCUCAAAGAAGUACAGACCCUUAAAGAAUCAGUAAACAAGCUGAAAAAAUGCUGCCAAGAUUGCAAGCUGCAAGCAGAUGACAACCAGGAAAGAGACAGAAGUAAUGAAUUCCUGCUACCCAACACUGCAGAAAACAGCGAAAGCCAAGAUAACAGAGUACAGGAACUGCAAAGCAAAGUUAACAGAAUGGCAACCAGCUUAAAAAAUGCAAAGAGCCAGAUUCAGACACUGCAGGGUCGUUUAGAGAAGCUGAGCCUCAUAAACAUGAACAAUGUGGAACAUUAUGUUGACAGCAAAGUUGCAAAUUUGACAUUUGCUGUGAAUAACCUGGAUAACAAAUGUUCUUCUAAGUGCCCAGCAAUGCAAGCAAAACCUGUUAUACAAAUAAUGCAGAGAGACUGUGCUGACCAUUACACAGCAGGGAGAAGGAGUAAUGGAAUCUACAGGAUUAGCCCUGAUGCCAGAAACGGGAGCUUUGAAGUUUACUGUGACAUGCAAACACAAGGAGGCGGCUGGACAGUGCUGCAGCGGCGUCAGGAUGGCAGCACUAACUUCAACAGAACCUGGAGUGACUACAAACAUGGCUUUGGAAACCUCAGCAGGGAGUUCUGGCUAGGCAAUGACAAAAUUCACCUCCUGACAAGGAGCCAGGAAAUGCAACUGAGGAUUGAUCUGGAAGAUUUCAAUGGGAUCAGAGAAUACGCCAAAUACGAGCACUUCUACGUGGCCAACGAGUACCUCAAGUACCGCCUGAGCGUGCACGGCUACAGCGGCACCGCCGGAGACGCCCUCCACUACAGCCGGCACUACAACCACGACCAAAAGUUCUUCACAACCCCAGACAGGGACAAUGACAGGUAUCCCUCGGGAAACUGUGGUGCCUACUACAGCUCUGGCUGGUGGUUUGAUGCCUGCUUGUCAGCCAAUCUCAACGGCAAGUACUACCACAAGAAGUACAAAGGCGUUCGCAAUGGCAUUUUCUGGGGCACGUGGCAUGGUAUUUCUGAUGAUACUCCCACUGGAUAUAGGCAACCCUUUAAAUCAGUAAAGAUCAUGAUCAGACCCAAAAGUUUUGUGCAGUAAUUCUACACAUUCCUCUUAACUAGUUUGCAUUGGAUUGCACUCAAAAUUGUACUUACUCAGUAUUAUACUCAGAAAUCAAGUAUUCAGUUAUGUUUGGCAAAAGAUUGUUCUAGACAAAACAACAUACUUCCACAUAAUCUUUUUAGAGAUGGUUUGACCCAUAUAAUGCAUUAAAACCAGCAUUAAAAUAUCUGAUAGUUAUUGCUAAAACUUAACACCAGUUAGGUCUUGGUUUUGUUAUGUAAAUAUUCUAAACAUUGCUUUUGGUGCUUUUACUGACUGUGAUAUACCACAUUUUAUGAUUUAAAACUUUUAUAUUGUCUUCCACAAGUUGUGUCUGAAUGAAUACCUACAUUUUAACCUGAAAAUAAUUCAGAGAUGUAACUAAUAUAAAUUUGUCAACCCUUUGUAAAAAACCUAGUUUCUGUAAAACAGUCUUUUUCCAUCAUCUAUCCUUUGUAACUUCAAAGGUAUUCCACAGCAACAUCAAUAUAAAUUAAGAAAAGUACUAAAAAUUAUUAUUUUUAAAGAACUAGAAAACAGAGGGCCACAUGGUUUGCCCAAAGUCACAAAAAAAGGCUUUGAAGAAAACAAAAAACGAAGAUGAUUCCUCAAAUUUCAUCCCUUUAUCAAAGGUUUAUCAAAGUUGGUAGAAGAAUUAAAUAAAAGCAGAGGAAAUAAUUAUAAAAUCAUAGAAUAAUUAAGUUUGGAAAAGACAUUUAAGAUCAUUGAGUCCAACUGUUAACACAGAACUGCCAAGUCCACACUAAGCCAUCUACACAUGGAGAGAGUAUGUACUGAACAACAACAUUCUUGCUCUUUUUGGCUCCUCCAUUCAAGCUCAAGGUCGUAUUUGUCAUUUGUAGGAGAAAGGAGACAUUAUGUAGCUUAUUGCACAUUUAUGCAGGCAGGCAGACAGGAGGAAGGAAGACACAUCAAUAAGAAUCCACAUUCUUUCCAUCAAUGCCUCUAAAUACAUGCAAAGAGUUUCCAGUGCCAUUUUGCUUUCUCCUGAAUCCUUUAGGUAAGUCAAAUGUUACAAGAUGCUCUUGUAGAGACUCAAGCUCUCAUUCAAAUAAUUCUCAAUCUACGAAUCAUUAGAUUCUAAUGAAACUAAGAAUUAUAAAUAUUUUGUAACAUAAGAAAAUACUCUUCUCCCCUUUUUUAGACUACACGUUUUGUAGCCACAGAAACAUAAAAAUAUACUGUCAGUUCUAAGCAAAAAAGAGAAUAUAUGAUCGAAGAUUUUUUUCUAAAAUAUAAAAAAAAAAAAAUGAAAUUGUCAAAUAGUGCAGGAAUUUCAAUUUAGAGAUACUGCUAUUAAAUAUCACAUUGUAGACUGUGAGCACAAGUUUGACUGCACAUAUUUAGACCAUGUCUCUAUAAAGAUAGUGACCAACAUUGAGUGGAGGUGUCACUUAUCUUAGCAAGAGGGUAUUCUACUAUCUUGCUUACACCAAUCCUGAGAUGCAGAAAACCUACACCAAAACUCUAUAUCUUUAGCAGCUAAGUGUGGUCAUUGUUGGCAUAGCUUUUUAGAUUAAAAGAGACAUGAAAAAAAAGAACACAAGUAUACAUCUGACCUAAUACUUUAUAAAUAUUAUCUCUACUUUUUUUAAAGAUUACAACAAAGGUAUUAUGGCUAUAAGUAAU